AUGUCUUCCAGCUUCCAAAUGAUGGAAGUCAGCUCAACCACAGAUUGUCAGAUCACGUACUCAAAGCCAAAUCUAUCUUAUUCAAUCGAAGAAAUUUUAAAGAAACCAUUAAAUCAAAAUCUUUCAAAAGAAGAAAAGGUUUUGAGAUAUUCACGCACUAAGGAUCACCUACAACUCCAAAAGAAGCAUCCCAUUGAACUGGUUGUCACAGGCAAGUCAAAUUCAAAAAUGCAUGCAAACGAUUGUUAAAUGAUUUAGUUUUUAUUUCCAGCAUAAGCAAGAGUAAUCUUGCAUGAGAUUCAUAAUUAAUACUAAUGCAAUAUGACACUGAUUAUCAUUGGAAAAAACCAUACACAAAAUCUGGUUGUUACUUCAAAGUAAAUUGUGUAAUUGUUUUAUUAGCCUCCAUGAUACAUUUCAUAUUGUUUAUCGCCUUAGUUAUAUCACCAGUUGAAAAGUGGUAAUCAUUGAUUGUUAAUGGAAGUUUCUGUUAGGGUGAUAAUUUUAAAACUGAAGUCUAAAUAUAUGUAUGUAUAGUCCAAGUAUAUAUAUAUAUAUAUAUAUAUAUAUAUAUAAAAUGUCCAAAUACUUACACUCCUGUGAUAGUAAGUUAAUGCCCGGUGCUAGUAAAGCAAAUAACAUAAAAAAACAAAGUAGUAGGUAAUAGCACUCCAAGGACUUCAAAAAGUAUAUGGUGAAAAAAACUUAGCUUUUAUUCAGCAGCUGCCACACAGAAUCAACGUUUCAGUUCUAGUACAGAACUUUCAUCAGGAGAAAGUUCAUCAACUUCCUGAUGAAAGUUCUGUACUAGAACUGAAACGUUGAUUCUGUGUGACAGCUGCUGAAUAAAACCUAAGUUUUUUUCACCAUAUACUUUUUGAAGUCCUUGGAGUGCUAUUACCUACUACUUAGUUUUUUUUUUAUAUAUAUAUAUAUAUAUAUAUAUAUAUAUAUAUAUAUAUAUAUAUUUAUAUAUAUAUAUAUAUAUAUAUUUGCUUGCAUCUAUACACUUUGCUUUUAAGAUUAUUAUCCACAUCAUAUCCCUCUCCAUUAUUAGUAGAUUUAUUUCAUUCAGACUCUGGCCUACCAGCAAAUCAUUUACACACAGCAUUAUACAGAAUUGCAAUGUCUUGCAAUACUCUUUUAUUUGAGAAUUGUCAUGUAACAAGCAUAUAUGUAUAUCAUUUUAAACGUGUUCUAUUGACAAUACCAGGUAAUAGGCAUCACAAUUUUGCAUUUUUGGUCCUGCCAAAAUAGAAAUAAAAAUAAAUAUAUGCAUGUUUACAUUAAAUGCCCUGGCUAUGCCUUUUCAGGAAGCGGUUACGUAGAAAAUGUAGUGAUAAAAUAUAUCCCGAACCCCUGGUAUGCUAAAAGUUAAAACAUAAAAAACGUAUUUGAGCAGAAUAUAAUGGGAAUUGUAAAAAAUAUAUAAAAGCCUUAUUUACUACAGUGAGAAUUCAAAGUGAAUUUCACAUUUAAUAUCAAAACAGUAAAAUUGGUAAAGUUCUCUAAAUCUUCUUUGGCUACUCUGACCUUAAAUUUAAAUUCUCACUAAUCCUGUAAAUCUUUCGAGGUUACUUUAGAUUCAUUGAAAAAUGUGAUGUUUUCAUGCAGCCUUGAAAGGUCUGACCAUACCUGCAACUUGUUGAUUUUGUGUAAUCUUAUGUUUACUUCAACUUCGUCACUUUUGUUAUCAUUACUUUAAAAAAAUAUAUAUAAUUUUAUUAAAGUUCACUAAUUUAUUUUAUUAAUCUAAUCAGAUUAUAAAUUUUUUUCAAACUAAUGAAUACGUAAACAGACGGUUGCAUUCAAAAUAUGGGUCAACCGGUGUCACAUUGCCACAAUGUGUGCUGUAUUGUAUAUUUAACAAAAAAAAAAGAUAGAAUCUGCAAAAAGCAGAGACAUCAUGUUUUGCAUCUAUUAUUUAACUUACAGAUUUCCGUGUUUUUUUUAUUUCUUUAUGUUAAGUGUACUUAUGAUACAUGUGUGUUUACUUUUUGGAGUCAAGUCUACCUAUAUCCUCCCCUUUAGGUCAUGAACCAAAUACACUUUUAGUUAGAGCAGUAUUGCAUAUAUUACUUUAAUGGUUGUAUUGCACAUUUCUGUCUCCUUGGAAAUAUGGAAAAGUAGACACUCAAGUAUCACAAAGAUGAAAAUCAUAUAUUUGUGAACAUGGGGACAAUCACAGAAUAUUGAUUGCGGCAUUUAAUUGUAGAUUAUGCUAGCUUUAGUGUACCUAUAAUCUUAAUUUUAUUAAUGACAGGAGGCAAGUAUUUGCUUUAGUCUCUCUUUACUAGAACUCCACAGCAGCACAGAAAAAACAACCAAUCAGGAAAAAGUUAGGUACUAUAAAACUCCCCUCCCCAUGCAUCAUUUCCUCUUUCAAGCUGCGACAAAACAGAACAAAAGACAGAAAAUAUAAUGGAGAAGAAACAAAGUCCUAGAUAUAAUGAAUACGACAAUGUCCACCAUCCGAGAAGAACUGCCAAACCAGAUAGCGUUGAUGGACUGUAGACUGAAACGAGAAAAAAAAAACAUAAUCGAAAAGGUUGGUUAGUCAAUGAAAUGUACUCUGAACAAAACAUGUAGGCACCCAGUGUAACAACCAGAAAUGUCAUAAUAUACAGAGAUCCCAACCCUUACUUCGGAAAACGAACUCAAAAACAAGUGACAACAAGCAGAGUUGCAUACGUACCUACUUGUACCCAAACUAUAAUAUAAAACAAGGGAGGGAUACGAAUGGGUGGGAAAUACUCGCCUGUCAUUAAUAAAAUUAAGAUUAUAGGUACACUAAAGCUAGCAUAAUCUACAAUUUUAUAACAUGACAGGAGGCUUCGUAUUUGCUGUUUUAACGCUCAGCCAACAAAUCCAACGUUGUUUGUUUCGCUGGUACAUAUUCCAUGAGCUUUUAGAGCAAUCCUAACCUAAUCCAACAGUGUGAGGUGACAUUAGACGGAUCGCUGAGAAUGCCAGCUGUCGAGGCACCCCAAAAAUACGGAAAAGACACCCUCUACUGGUAGAUCCAUUGUACCUGGGGUUGCGACCUGUUUCCUAGCAACCGAUCCAUGAGCUGCCAAGCUGACCUAUUAACCCUUUUACUUAAGGUAUAAAAUGUCGAAGGUCAUUUGCUAACAUAGGGCCGCGAGAAGAAACUGCCACCAGGUCUCGACUCUUGAUGUGGAAGAUGGCUCCUCCGGUCGUGCCAGGGUCACCAGGUGAUGUGGCCCUGCAGGCAAAACUCCAACCUCAAGUAAUGCGUCGAAGUCUAUCACCAAUUCCGUAACAGAACCGAGUAGGGUCGUUUUGUUCCUUCAUGACCUAACCGGUGAGUUGUCUCAUCUGAGAAUGAAUUUAUUAUGCAGGCAAGUGUGUGGUCAAACUAGCCGUAUCCUAAGUGAUUCCGAUAAGGGUCCCAAACUGAACUUGUGUAGUGAAAUGGUGGUCAACUAUCCUGGGGAUUGUGAAUCCCGGGAAUAACCAAAAGGAGAGAAACAUAACCAGGGAUUGAGGUUUCCAUCCAGAUAUAUUGUCAAAGAGCGAUAAGAUGUCUGGAUCCAACGGAAAUUGGGACCUGGAUAACAAAGAAGAGUCCUCACCUGCUGUAGUGAGAGAGUGAAAUAAUCCGAUUACUCGUUCGUACGAUCCUGUUCCAUGCCCGACCUGUCAAGAUUCGCGUAGGAGCUCCUGGUCUGUACGCCACCUACAAGAUAGGGUAUAAUAUAGUGAGACCAUAGGACCUGCACUUCUGACCAUCCGGGCACAUAUCUCCAAGAGUAGGCCCUAGGUCAAGGUAUCCAGGAAUGUGAAUUCAAUAACCGAAGUCAUAUAUAUAGAGGAAUAUCUACUUCUUAGCCUGGAGACACGCAAACUCAUAGCGUUCUCUACUACGCAGGUAAGGCCUAAAGUCUCUUAACUCACGACAGGUGACUCCAGAGAGCAGAUAUAAUGAAAAACAAGAAUCUAGCUCCAAACGUCCGAAGCAGGUGUCGUCGAGUUUGGGAACGUCGUCAACCAUAUCUGAGCAGUACUCCAGUGGUAGGUUGUGACCCGACUAGUAACCUAGUAAUGAGGUGCGGACCUCCCUAUUGAAUGGAAUGCUAAUUAAUUAAUGAAGACCAGGAAAAGGCAGGAAUUUUAAAUAACUAUUUCUCCUCCGUAUAUAUUAAGGAAGAACCCAUGGCAAUAGAUGUGCAAAUGAUUGCUACUAAAAACUUGCAGAAUAAUUGUAAUUGGUUAACUCAAGACAAGGUGCUGCAGCAACUAAAGAAAGUUAAUAUAAACAAAGCUCCAGGACCUGACGGUAUCCAUCCACGUGUACUUAAGGAACUAAGUGCAGAAAUAAGUGAACCUCUGUUUUUAAUCUUUCAAGAUUCUUUUCUUUCAGGAAGUGUUCCGGAGGAUUGGAGGAAGGCAGAUGUGGUUCCUAUAUUCAAAAAGGGUUCAAAAUCCUUGCCUGGAAAUUAUAGACCUGUGAGCUUAACUUCUGUGGCUGGUAAAAUAUUUGAAAGGUUAUUAAGGGAUAAUAUUCAAGAAUUCCUUGAGAAGAACAUGGUUAUCAGCAAAAAUCAGCAUGAUUUUAUGAAGCACAGGUCAUGUCAAACUAACUUGAUUGCGUUCUACAAAGAAGUAAGUAGAAGUAUAGAUCAGGGUGUUGCCGUGGAUGUGAUCUAUUUGGAUUUUGCCAAGGCAUUUGAUACAGUUCCACACAAUAGAUUAGUGUUCAAACUCAAGGAAAUCGGUCUAGAUGAAAAUGCUUGUUCUUGGGUAGAACAUUGGCUUAAAAACAGAGUACAAAGAGUUGUCAUUAAUGGUAAAUUUUCAAGCUGGACAGAGGUGGCAAGUGGUGUCCCUCAGGGGUCUGUUCUGGGACCCCUUCUAUUUAACAUGUUUAUAAAUGAUCUUGAAGACCGCAUUGAAAGUCAUGUUUCAGUGUUUGCAGAUGACACCAAACUUUGUAGAACAAUACAAUGUGAGCAAGAUAUUACUUUGCUGCAGAGGGACUUAGAUAGACUGGGGGACUGGGCACUCAAAUGGCAGAUGAAAUUUAAUGUUGAAAAAUGCAAAGUUAUGCACUUCGGCGUAAAGAAUACACAAGCAACGUAUACCCUUAAUGGAAGCGAAUUAGGGAUAACAACACAUGAAAAGGACUUGGGAAUUGUUAUAGACAACAAACUAUGCAACAAUGUGCAAUGUCAAUCAGCAGUGGCCAAGGCCAGUAAGGUAUUGUCAUGCAUGAAAAGGGCAUUCAUUCUCGGGACAAGAAUAUAAUUUUGCCUCUUUAUAAAUCACUGGUAAGACCCCAUAUUGAAUAUGCUGUGCAAUUUUGGGCACCUGUUCUAAAGAAGGAUAUUAUGGCACUAGAAAAAGUGCAGAGGCGGCUACAAAAUUAAUAAAAGGAAUGGAACAUAUCGGCUAUGAAGAAAGGUUAACAAAUUUAAACCUAUUUAGUUUAGAAAAACGUCGCCUGAGAGGGGAUAUGAUAACAUUAUACAAAUAUAUUCGGGCCAAUACAAACCAUUGUGUGGAAAUCUAUUCACAAACCGGACUUUACAUAGGACACGAGGCCAUGAGUUUAGACUGGAAGAAAGAAGAUUUCGCCUAAGGCAAAGGAAAGGUUUUUUUACUGUAAGAACAAUCAGGAUGUGGAAUUCUCUGCCUGAGGAAGUGGUUUUAUCAGAGUCCAUACAGAUGUUCAAACGGCUACUAGAUGCAUACUUGCAAGAACAGAAUAUUCAAGGAUAUAAUCUUUCAAUGUAGGGUAAUAACUGCUUGAUCCAAGGAUAAAUCUGACCGCCAUUCUGGGGUCAAGAAGGAAUUUUUUUCCUAGUUUGUUGCAAAAUUGUGCUUCAAACUGGGUUUUUUUGCCUUCUUUUGGAUCAACAGCAAAAAACAAAUGUGAGGUAGGCUGAACUUAAUGGACGCAAGUCUCUUUUCAGCUAUGUAACUAUGUAACUAUGUAACUAUGUAACUAUGAGGGACGCCCCUCUAUGCAGUUCAUCGUUGUCCUGCACAGGUACAAGCCUGUGUGCUGAAGGAUGGAUGAAACCGUGGUGUGUUGAGUGUAUGAGUGAGCGAGCUGCAUUCUCUAAUAAUGUAACCGAACUCUGUGUCAGCAUCAGGCUGAUAGCAUGAGUGGGCCGCAUCCGUCAAUAACAAAAUUAGAGUCGACAUCCUUGUCCGGAUUCUUCUAUGAGAGUGUGACAUUCUCAAAACACGUCCUCUGUAUCCCUCUCAGUAUCGUGCUGAGGUUGAAGGAGGGUAGCGCCCUCUAAUGAGGAAUCAGCGUCCGGUUCCGUACAUGAGAGGGGUUCGCUCUCUAUUCGUGUAAAUAAAAUUAUCAGUCUCGGGCCGAGGCGAUGGAGGGCUGUGAUCCAACUAGAGUCCAUAUCAGACUCAGGGUGACCAACUGCAGGGGUUCACCAUAUAAUGAUAUCUGCCUACAACUGAGGUCCUGAGGGGGUUCCCUCUCUGACCACGAGACCUCCGAAUCACCCACCUGAGGGUGGGAUCAACUGGUAAUAAACCAGAUCGAAGGUAGGCGGAGUAGUAGACAACCUCGGGCCGUGCCAAUCUUUAAUAACAGAAGGGGGUGAUGCGAGUAUGGAACCUCUGGAAACGAUGAUGGAAUCUACCAACGGACCGCCCGGAUCCGGUUCGCGCUCGCAGGGUCCAGGAUGACCGUAGGUAGUCUGAGUAAAGCUGGAGAUGUUCUCCGUGAUCCACGAGAGCCCGGGAGGUUGGAGGAGUUCAAGUUAGGCCUCUCGACAAGCUGAGUGAUAGGAGAAGAGAAGGUCCGAAAAACAAAGAAACGAUAAUAAUACUAAAAGUAAAUACGUACCUCGGAGGGAAGGUAAAUAGUAGACCGGAAAAGCAAGUCAAGUAAACCCCUGAAAUGGGCCGGGGGUUAAACUUGACGCAGGAAUAACUAUUAAUACCUAGGAUGGAUACCGUAAAAAAUACAGAAGGCUUCACAAAUUUGCGUGUCAUCCUUGCGCAGGGGCCAUGCUAAUCUUAUCACACAGAUAGAGCAGGCCCGUCAGGAGGGCACAGACAUAGCAGACCAAUCAAAUGGGCACAGACAUAGCAGGCCAUCAAUGGGGCACACACAUAGCAGGCCAAUCAAUGGGGUACAUACAUAGCAGGCCGUCUUAAUGGGGCACAGACAUAGCAGGCCAGUCAAUGGGGCACAGACAUAGCAGGCCAGUAAAAAUGGCGCAGACAGGGCAGGCCAAGUCACUUAUCAGUGGUGUACCAAACAGCGAUAAGGGGCAAUGUUAAGGAAGCGCUCCUUAUCUGUGUCAUAAUAGGUCCUGGGGCACCUUGCUAGAAUGGGCCAGAUGUAGGCCUCUGAUACAGUAGUUAUGGUGUCUGCAGGGUACAGGCUCCCACUGGAAGCAAGUGUAUGAAGUAUGAUGUAGUACCCUGUGUGGGACACCUACAACUGUCCACCCAUGCAUAACCACAUGCAGAAACCAAUAAACAUAGAGUUAAGAUAGGAAUAAUAUUUGCACAGCCUAUGUCCUUUAAAAUUAUUGAUAUUUCUACUUUAUACCGUCAUUUUCCCAUACCAGGUAUCAAAUCCAAGUGCAAGUGUAGGAGGCUGACAAACUGAGUGAUCUUGAAGUAUGCCUUCACACCAGAGAAGUACUUGAAAGAAGUGGGAACAAUGCUUCUCCAUAUGACUUAAAGUGCAUAAUGUAUGACAUUAUGCCAUUUUAACCAGUAUCAGCAUGGACACAUCACUUGAUCCCAACACAAAUCACAAAAUAAAUAUGCUAUUGGUAAAUUUAAGGUCUGUGUCAUUUGGAAAAAAUAAAUAGGCACAUAAAGGGGGAAGAAUCCCCAGAGGAGGUAUAUAGAAAACCAGAGGAACACAAACUCCCCACAAACCCCAGAGCAAUAGGCAGAGGGGUAUAAAGCUGAACACACAAACAAGUCCCCAGAUAAUAAAGAAGUAAAACACUGUAAAUAUAAUUAAAAUCAUCCAGCCACCAACUAAUAUUAGCAGGAGGCAGUGGUACUCUGACCUGUACUGAUGCAGAGCAGCAAAGAAAGAGGAAAUGAGGCAUGGGGAGGGGAGUUUUAUAGUAUCUAACUUUUUUCUGAUUGGUUGUUUUUUCUGUGCUGCUGAGGAGUUCUAGUAAAGAAAGACUAAAGCAAAUACGAAGCCUUCUGUCAUGUUACAAAAUUCAGAUAAUGUAAUUCUCAAGCUCCGUCACUUGAUGACAGUUGAGUGAUGGGAACACCUUAUUCCCACAUGAAUAUCAUAGAAUAGAAAGAUAUCCUCUACAGCAAAUAAAUGAGGCAAUGUUGGAUCAAUGCAUAUUCUAUUCUCAAACAUGACCCAUAUCCUAGUUACAAAACUCAGUAAAUAAAUAACAUCUUGUGAAAAAUACAGCUAUGAAAGUAGGAAUCAAAAGCAAUCUAGUGAUGUACAUUAAGUGUGUCACCAAGAAAAAAACAUUCCAAUAUAGUAGUUUUGUACUAAAGUUGAAAUGUUUGAUGGUUAAGUACAUAGGCCAAAUUUUAUUAACUAGCACAUAUAUAUUCGUUUUGCUAUAUUCUCACUGUACCCGGUUUUUGAUUCACACAUUUCCCAGAAUUAUGUUAACAAAUUGCAACAAAAACUGAGAAUAUGAGAACAAUGAUACACAUUUUCUUGCAUUACAUCACUUAUCUGCUUUGAUAUUUACAUGAUUUUAUUUUUAAAUUUGUAAUGCCAUAUUUUUAUUUAACCUCACUGUUACAAGUUCUCAUUCCCCAUUUGUGUAAUCUUGUGUCUCUAUUCAGUAUCAGUAUCAGUAGUGUUAAAACUAUAAUAUUUUACAAAGUUGGCUAAAGAUAAUGAUAAAACUUUAAAUGAACUUCAAUUUUCCAAUUUCACUCAGCAAGUCACUUAAACUGCAUUUAAAUUCCAUCUGUAAUGUAGUGUAAUCUUUAUUAUGCCUUAUUAAAUGAUUAAUUUGUCGGCAAGUUUCUAUUAUGUUCUUAUAGAGACAAACUCUCAGUUUAAAACUAUGCUUCAUAUAAGUGCAACCAGUUGUAAAUAUUAACAUUAAUACAUUAUUCAUUAAAAUAUAAUUCAAGAGAUGAAAUGACAAUGUUUGCAGGAUUGCAGCUUUGCAACUCUAUCCUGCUCUAUCCAACAACUAGUCAGCCUGUCUGCCGCUGUCAAAGACCCCCUAAAGCAGGGGUGGGGAACGUCUCGCCCACGGGCCAUAUAAGGCCCGCAAAAUCAUUUGGUCUGGCCCAUGGAGAGCUGACUCUGCUCUCUGCCUUUUUUGGGCUGGUGGGGCGAUCAAAGAUCUCCCUCACCGACCUCCUGGCAGUUUGUUAAGGGAGGCUGAGGGAGCUAAGACCCAGGAGCCUGCUGGAUAAGAGGAGGACCCAGGAGGCUAUGAUCCACCCCUGAGCAGGCAAGUCGGAGGGUUGCCAGAAGUUACCAUGGUAACACUCUGACAGAACUGUUCUCGUGGGAAGAAAAGAGUGAAGUCAGCCUGCAGCCGGAGGAGCUGCAGGCUAAAGUGCACGCAAAACCACUGGGCCACCAGGGCUUGCAGUGAUAAGUCCCCUCCUUCCAGGCCAGAGGUAAGGAGGGGGGUGGGGGGGAAGGGGAAGUGCAUAAAGUUUUUUUUUCCUCUUUUUAAGUUAAAAAAAUAUAGAGAGAGAUUUUCUCCCUAAUCCCCUCCUCCACAAUAUAGACCCCUGACACACACUACACCCCCUCACACAAACACACUGCACCCCACACCCAAACACACACAUAACCCCUCACACAAACACACUACACCCCCUCACACACACUAUACCUGCUCACACAAGCACACUGCACCCCCUCACACCCACACAGAACCCCUCACACAAACACACUACACCCCCUCACACACACUAUACCUGCUCACACAAGCACACUGCACCCCCUCACACCCACACAGAACCCCUAACACAAACACACUACACCCCCUCACACACACUAUACCUGCUCACACAAGCACACUGCACCCCCUCACACCCACACAGAGCCCCUCACACAAACAUACUGCACCCCAUCACACAUAUACACAGCACCUCUCACACAGCACCCCUCACACAAACACACAGCACACCUCAAACACACACAUAACCCCUCACACAAACACACUGUACCCCAUAAGUGCAACCAGUUGUAAAUAUUAACAUUAAUACAUUAUUCAUUAAAAUAUAAUUCAAGAGAUGAAAUGACAAUGUUUGCAGGAUUGCAGCUUUGCAACUCUAUCCUGCUCUAUCCAACAACUAGUCAGCCUGUCUGCCGCUGUCAAAGACCCCCUAAAGCAGGGGUGGGGAACGUCUCGCCCACGGGCCAUAUAAGGCCCGCAAAAUCAUUUGGUCUGGCCCAUGGAGAGCCUCACCUGCUGUAGUGAGAGAGUGAAAUAAUCCGAUUACUCGUUCGUACGAUCCUGUUCCAUGCCCGACCUGUCAAGAUUCGCGUAGGAGCUCCUGGUCUGUACGCCACCUACAAGAUAGGGUAUAAUAUAGUGAGACCAUAGGACCUGCACUUCUGACCAUCCGGGCACAUAUCUCCAAGAGUAGGCCCUAGGUCAAGGUAUCCAGGAAUGUGAAUUCAAUAACCGAAGUCAUAUAUAUAGAGGAAUAUCUACUUCUUAGCCUGGAGACACGCAAACUCAUAGCGUUCUCUACUACGCAGGUAAGGCCUAAAGUCUCUUAACUCACGACAGGUGACUCCAGAGAGCAGAUAUAAUGAAAAACAAGAAUCUAGCUCCAAACGUCCGAAGCAGGUGUCGUCGAGUUUGGGAACGUCGUCAACCAUAUCUGAGCAGUACUCCAGUGGUAGGUUGUGACCCGACUAGUAACCUAGUAAUGAGGUGCGGACCUCCCUAUUGAAUGGAAUGCUAAUUAAUUAAUGAAGACCAGGAAAAGGCAGGAAUUUUAAAUAACUAUUUCUCCUCCGUAUAUAUUAAGGAAGAACCCAUGGCAAUAGAUGUGCAAAUGAUUGCUACUAAAAACUUGCAGAAUAAUUGUAAUUGGUUAACUCAAGACAAGGUGCUGCAGCAACUAAAGAAAGUUAAUAUAAACAAAGCUCCAGGACCUGACGGUAUCCAUCCACGUGUACUUAAGGAACUAAGUGCAGAAAUAAGUGAACCUCUGUUUUUAAUCUUUCAAGAUUCUUUUCUUUCAGGAAGUGUUCCGGAGGAUUGGAGGAAGGCAGAUGUGGUUCCUACAUUCAAAAAGGGUUCAAAAUCCUUGCCUGGAAAUUAUAGACCUGUGAGCUUAACUUCUGUGGCUGGUAAAAUAUUUGAAAGGUUAUUAAGGGAUAAUAUUCAAGAAUUCCUUGAGAAGAACAUGGUUAUCAGCAAAAAUCAGCAUGGUUUUAUGAAGCACAGGUCAUGUCAAACUAACUUGAUUGCGUUCUACGAAGAAGUAAGUAGAAGUAUAGAUCAGGGUGUUGCCGUGGAUGUGAUCUAUUUGGAUUUUGCCAAGGCAUUUGAUACAGUUCCACACAAUAGAUUAGUGUUCAAACUCAAGGAAAUCGGUCUAGAUGAAAAUGCUUGUUCUUGGGUAGAACAUUGGCUUAAAAACAGAGUACAAAGAGUUGUCAUUGAUGGUGAAUUUUCAAGCUGGACAGAGGUGGCAAGUGGUGUCCCUCAGGGGUCUGUUCUGGGACCCCUUCUAUUUAACAUGUUUAUAAAUGAUCUUGAAGACCGCAUUGAAAGUCAUGUUUCAGUGUUUGCAGAUGACACCAAACUUUGUAGAACAAUACAAUGUGAGCAAGAUAUUACUUUGCUGCAGAGGGAUUUAGAUAGACUGGGGGACUGGGCACUCAAAUGGCAGAUUAAAUUUAAUGUUGAAAAAUGCAAAGUUAUGCACUUCGGCGUAAAGAAUACACAAGCAACGUAUACCCUUAAUGGAAGCGAAUUAGGGAUAACAACACAUGAAAAGGACUUGGGAAUUGUUAUAGACAACAAACUAUGCAACAAUGUGCAAUGUCAAUCAGCAGUGGCCAAGGCCAGUAAGGUAUUGUCAUGCAUGAAAAAGGGCAUUCAUUCUCGGGACAAGAAUAUAAUUUUGCCUCUUUAUAAAUCACUGGUAAGACCCCAUAUUGAAUAUGCUGUGCAAUUUUGGGCACCUGUUCUAAAGAAGGAUAUUAUGGCACUAGAAAAAGUGCAGAGGCGGGCUACAAAAUUAAUAAAAGGAAUGGAACAUAUCGGCUAUGAAGAAAGGUUAACAAAUUUAAACCUAUUUAGUUUAGAAAAACGUCGCCUGAGAGGGGAUAUGAUAACAUUAUACAAAUAUAUUCGGGGCCAAUACAAACCAUUGUGUGGAAAUCUAUUCACAAACCGGACUUUACAUAGGACACGAGGCCAUGAGUUUAGACUGGAAGAAAGAAGAUUUCGUCUAAGGCAAAGGAAAGGUUUUUUUACUGUAAGAACAAUCAGGAUGUGGAAUUCUCUGCCUGAGGAAGUGGUUUUAUCAGAGUCCAUACAGAUGUUCAAACGGCUACUAGAUGCAUACUUGCAAGAACAGAAUAUUCAAGGAUAUAAUCUUUCAAUGUAGGGUAAUAACUGCUUGAUCCAAGGAUAAAUCUGACUGCCAUUCUGGGGUCAAGAAGGAAUUUUUUUCCUAGUUUGUUGCAAAAUUGUGCUUCAAACUGGGUUUUUUUGCCUUCUUUUGGAUCAACAGCAAAAAACAAAUGUGAGGUAGGCUGAACUUAAUGGACGCAAGUCUCUUUUCAGCUAUGUAACUAUGUAACUAUGUAACUAUGUAACUAUGAGGGACGCCCCUCUAUGCAGUUCAUCGUUGUCCUGCACAGGUACAAGCCUGUGUGCUGAAGGAUGGAUGAAACCGUGGUGUGUUGAGUGUAUGAGUGAGCGAGCUGCAUUCUCUAAUAAUGUAACCGAACUCUGUGUCAGCAUCAGGCUGAUAGCAUGAGUGGGCCGCAUCCGUCAAUAACAAAAUUAGAGUCGACAUCCUUGUCCGGAUUCUUCUAUGAGAGUGUGACAUUCUCAAAACACGUCCUCUGUAUCCCUCUCAGUAUCGUGCUGAGGUUGAAGGAGGGUAGCGCCCUCUAAUGAGGAAUCAGCGUCCGGUUCCGUACAUGAGAGGGGUUCGCUCUCUAUUCGUGUAAAUAAAAUUAUCAGUCUCGGGCCGAGGCGAUGGAGGGCUGUGAUCCAACUAGAGUCCAUAUCAGACUCAGGGUGACCAACUGCAGGGGUUCACCAUAUAAUGAUAUCUGCCUACAACUGAGGUCCUGAGGGGGUUCCCUCUCUGACCACGAGACCUCCGAAUCACCCACCUGAGGGUGGGAUCAACUGGUAAUAAACCAGAUCGAAGGUAGGCGGAGUAGUAGACAACCUCGGGCCGUGCCAAUCUUUAAUAACAGAAGGGGGUGAUGCGAGUAUGGAACCUCUGGAAACGAUGAUGGAAUCUACCAACGGACCGCCCGGAUCCGGUUCGCGCUCGCAGGGUCCAGGAUGACCGUAGGUAGUCUGAGUAAAGCUGGAGAUGUUCUCCGUGAUCCACGAGAGCCCGGGAGGUUGGAGGAGUUCAAGUUAGGCCUCUCGACAAGCUGAGUGAUAGGAGAAGAGAAGGUCCGAAAAACAAAGAAACGAUAAUAAUACUAAAAGUAAAUACGUACCUCGGAGGGAAGGUAAAUAGUAGACCGGAAAAGCAAGUCAAGUAAACCCCUGAAAUGGGCCGGGGGUUAAACUUGACGCAGGAAUAACUAUUAAUACCUAGGAUGGAUACCGUAAAAAAUACAGAAGGCUUCACAAAUUUGCGUGUCAUCCUUGCGCAGGGGCCAUGCUAAUCUUAUCACACAGAUAGAGCAGGCCCGUCAGGAGGGCACAGACAUAGCAGACCAAUCAAAUGGGCACAGACAUAGCAGGCCAUCAAUGGGGCACACACAUAGCAGGCCAAUCAAUGGGGUACAUACAUAGCAGGCCGUCUUAAUGGGGCACAGACAUAGCAGGCCAGUCAAUGGGGCACAGACAUAGCAGGCCAGUAAAAAUGGCGCAGACAGGGCAGGCCAAGUCACUUAUCAGUGGUGUACCAAACAGCGAUAAGGGGCAAUGUUAAGGAAGCGCUCCUUAUCUGUGUCAUAAUAGGUCCUGGGGCACCUUGCUAGAAUGGGCCAGAUGUAGGCCUCUGAUACAGUAGUUAUGGUGUCUGCAGGGUACAGGCUCCCACUGGAAGCAAGUGUAUGAAGUAUGAUGUAGUACCCUGUGUGGGACACCUACAACUGUCCACCCAUGCAUAACCACAUGCAGAAACCAAUAAACAUAGAGUUAAGAUAGGAAUAAUAUUUGCACAGCCUAUGUCCUUUAAAAUUAUUGAUAUUUCUACUUUAUACCGUCAUUUUCCCAUACCAGGUAUCAAAUCCAAGUGCAAGUGUAGGAGGCUGACAAACUGAGUGAUCUUGAAGUAUGCCUUCACACCAGAGAAGUACUUGAAAGAAGUGGGAACAAUGCUUCUCCAUAUGACUUAAAGUGCAUAAUGUAUGACAUUAUGCCAUUUUAACCAGUAUCAGCAUGGACACAUCACUUGAUCCCAACACAAAUCACAAAAUAAAUAUGCUAUUGGUAAAUUUAAGGUCUGUGUCAUUUGGAAAAAAUAAAUAGGCACAUAAAGGGGGAAGAAUCCCCAGAGGAGGUAUAUAGAAAACCAGAGGAACACAAACUCCCCACAAACCCCAGAGCAAUAGGCAGAGGGGUAUAAAGCUGAACACACAAACAAGUCCCCAGAUAAUAAAGAAGUAAAACACUGUAAAUAUAAUUAAAAUCAUCCAGCCACCAACUAAUAUUAGCAGGAGGCAGUGGUACUCUGACCUGUACUGAUGCAGAGCAGCAAAGAAAGAGGAAAUGAGGCAUGGGGAGGGGAGUUUUAUAGUAUCUAACUUUUUUCUGAUUGGUUGUUUUUUCUGUGCUGCUGAGGAGUUCUAGUAAAGAAAGACUAAAGCAAAUACGAAGCCUUCUGUCAUGUUACAAAAUUCAGAUAAUGUAAUUCUCAAGCUCCGUCACUUGAUGACAGUUGAGUGAUGGGAACACCUUAUUCCCACAUGAAUAUCAUAGAAUAGAAAGAUAUCCUCUACAGCAAAUAAAUGAGGCAAUGUUGGAUCAAUGCAUAUUCUAUUCUCAAACAUGACCCAUAUCCUAGUUACAAAACUCAGUAAAUAAAUAACAUCUUGUGAAAAAUACAGCUAUGAAAGUAGGAAUCAAAAGCAAUCUAGUGAUGUACAUUAAGUGUGUCACCAAGAAAAAAACAUUCCAAUAUAGUAGUUUUGUACUAAAGUUGAAAUGUUUGAUGGUUAAGUACAUAGGCCAAAUUUUAUUAACUAGCACAUAUAUAUUCGUUUUGCUAUAUUCUCACUGUACCCGGUUUUUGAUUCACACAUUUCCCAGAAUUAUGUUAACAAAUUGCAACAAAAACUGAGAAUAUGAGAACAAUGAUACACAUUUUCUUGCAUUACAUCACUUAUCUGCUUUGAUAUUUACAUGAUUUUAUUUUUAAAUUUGUAAUGCCAUAUUUUUAUUUAACCUCACUGUUACAAGUUCUCAUUCCCCAUUUGUGUAAUCUUGUGUCUCUAUUCAGUAUCAGUAUCAGUAGUGUUAAAACUAUAAUAUUUUACAAAGUUGGCUAAAGAUAAUGAUAAAACUUUAAAUGAACUUCAAUUUUCCAAUUUCACUCAGCAAGUCACUUAAACUGCAUUUAAAUUCCAUCUGUAAUGUAGUGUAAUCUUUAUUAUGCCUUAUUAAAUGAUUAAUUUGUCGGCAAGUUUCUAUUAUGUUCUUAUAGAGACAAACUCUCAGUUUAAAACUAUGCUUCAUAUAAGUGCAACCAGUUGUAAAUAUUAACAUUAAUACAUUAUUCAUUAAAAUAUAAUUCAAGAGAUGAAAUGACAAUGUUUGCAGGAUUGCAGCUUUGCAACUCUAUCCUGCUCUAUCCAACAACUAGUCAGCCUGUCUGCCGCUGUCAAAGACCCCCUAAAGCAGGGGUGGGGAACGUCUCGCCCACGGGCCAUAUAAGGCCCGCAAAAUCAUUUGGUCUGGCCCAUGGAGAGCUGACUCUGCUCUCUGCCUUUUUUGGGCUGGUGGGGCGAUCAAAGAUCUCCCUCACCGACCUCCUGGCAGUUUGUUAAGGGAGGCUGAGGGAGCUAAGACCCAGGAGCCUGCUGGAUAAGAGGAGGACCCAGGAGGCUAUGAUCCACCCCUGAGCAGGCAAGUCGGAGGGUUGCCAGAAGUUACCAUGGUAACACUCUGACAGAACUGUUCUCGUGGGAAGAAAAGAGUGAAGUCAGCCUGCAGCCGGAGGAGCUGCAGGCUAAAGUGCACGCAAAACCACUGGGCCACCAGGGCUUGCAGUGAUAAGUCCCCUCCUUCCAGGCCAGAGGUAAGGAGGGGGGUGGGGGGGAAGGGGAAGUGCAUAAAGUUUUUUUUUCCUCUUUUUAAGUUAAAAAAAUAUAGAGAGAGAUUUUCUCCCUAAUCCCCUCCUCCACAAUAUAGACCCCUGACACACACUACACCCCCUCACACAAACACACUGCACCCCACACCCAAACACACACAUAACCCCUCACACAAACACACUACACCCCCUCACACACACUAUACCUGCUCACACAAGCACACUGCACCCCCUCACACCCACACAGAACCCCUCACACAAACACACUACACCCCCUCACACACACUAUACCUGCUCACACAAGCACACUGCACCCCCUCACACCCACACAGAACCCCUAACACAAACACACUACACCCCCUCACACACACUAUACCUGCUCACACAAGCACACUGCACCCCCUCACACCCACACAGAGCCCCUCACACAAACAUACUGCACCCCAUCACACAUAUACACAGCACCUCUCACACAGCACCCCUCACACAAACACACAGCACACCUCAAACACACACAUAACCCCUCACACAAACACACUGUACCCCAUAAGUGCAACCAGUUGUAAAUAUUAACAUUAAUACAUUAUUCAUUAAAAUAUAAUUCAAGAGAUGAAAUGACAAUGUUUGCAGGAUUGCAGCUUUGCAACUCUAUCCUGCUCUAUCCAACAACUAGUCAGCCUGUCUGCCGCUGUCAAAGACCCCCUAAAGCAGGGGUGGGGAACGUCUCGCCCACGGGCCAUAUAAGGCCCGCAAAAUCAUUUGGUCUGGCCCAUGGAGAGCUGACUCUGCUGUCUGCCUUUUUCGGGCUGGUGGGGCGAUCAAAGAUCUCCCUCACCGACCUCCUGGCAGUUUGUUAAGGGAGGCUGAGGGAGCUAAGACCCAGGAGCCUGCUGGAUAAGAGGAGGACCCAGGAGGCUAUGAUCCACCCCUGAGCAGGCAAGUCGGAGGGUUGCCAGAAGUUACCAUGGUAACACUCUGACAGAACUGUUCUCGUGGGAAGAAAAGAGUGAAGUCAGCCUGCAGCCGGAGGAGCUGCAGGCUAAAGUGCACGCAAAACCACUGGGCCACCAGGGCUUGCAGUGAUAAGUCCCCUCCUUCCAGGCCAGAGGUAAGGAGGGGGGUGGGGGGGAAGGGGAAGUGCAUAAAGUUUUUUUUUCCUCUUUUUAAGUUAAAAAAAUAUAGAGAGAGAUUUUCUCCCUAAUCCCCUCCUCCACAAUAUAGACCCCUGACACACACUACACCCCCUCACACAAACACACUGCACCCCACACCCAAACACACACAUAACCCCUCACACAAACACACUACACCCCCUCACACACACUAUACCUGCUCACACAAGCACACUGCACCCCCUCACACCCACACAGAACCCCUCACACAAACACACUACACCCCCUCACACACACUAUACCUGCUCACAUACUGCACCCCAUCACACAUAUACACAGCACCUCUCACACAGCACCCCUCACACAAACACACAGCACACCUCAAACACACACAUAACCCCUCACACAAACACACUGUACCCCACACACAGAACCCUUCACCCAAACACACAGCACCCCCUCACACACACACACACACACACGGCACCCCUCACACACAUGGCACCCCUCACACACAUGGCACCCCUCACACAAACACAGACCAACCUCCCCCACACAGCACCCCUCACACACACACAGAGCCCCUCACACAAACAUACUGCACCCCUCACACACACUGCACCCCUCACACACACACUGCACCCCUCACACAAACAUAGAGUACCACUCACACAAACACACUGCACCCCAUACAUACAGAACCCCUCACCCAAACACACUGCACCCCCCACACACACACAGCACCCCUCACACACACACAUAGUACCCCUCACACACACACAGAACCCUUCACCUAAACACACAGCACUCCCUCACACACACACACACACACCACUCCUCACACAUGGCACCCUCACACAAACACACAGCAACCCCCACACAGCACCCCUCACACACACAGAGACCCUCACACAAACAUACUGCACCCCUCACACACAUACUGCACCCAUCACACUCACACUCUGCAUCUCUCACAUUCACAAACACACACUGCACCCCUCACACACACUGCUUCCCUCACACAAACAUACAGAACCCCUCACACAAACACACUGCACCCCAUACACACAGAACCCCUCACCCAAACACACUGCACCCCACACACACACACACACAGCACCCCUCACACACACAUAGUACCCCUUACACACACACACACAGAACCCCUCAUACAAACACACUGCACCCCACACACACAGAACCCCUCACACAAACACACACACAGCAUCCAUCACACACCCCGAACCCCUCAAACACACACAGACCCCUCACACAAACACAUUGCACUACAUACACACAUAACCACUCACCCAAACACACUGCACCCCCUCACACAUACACACACAAAACCCCACACACACAGAACCCUUCACACAAACACACACACAGCAUCCCUCACAAAAAGUUACUCCUGGGGCAGAGUGUGAUGACAUAUACUUGCCUUAACUUCUAGCUUCUUGAUGCUGCUCUUAUUCUAUGUCCAGGUCUACAGCUGAUGGUGGCUUCAUCUGGUAGAAGCUGUGUCACUUUUGUACUCUUGUAAAUUAAUGGGAGUACAAAUUGAGGGUCUGCAGAAGAUCCUGAGAGAUCAUAUGAUCUCCCAUUGCUAAACUUGUGCAACAGUGGUGAGAUACCAUAGACAUCUAUUGCUCAGUUAGUGAAAUUGUAUCUGCUUCCACUGGCCAUCACAAGUGUCUGUUGAUGAAAUGGGCAGCAUAUGGCCGUGGAAGCGACAUUUUGCUAAAUGUAUUUGCUAAAGUAGUCCUUGAUUUGUCUCAUACGCCUCUUCAGGUUGUAAUGGAUUCUAUUUGAUCUAAGGAGAGGUCUGACUGCCAUUCUGGGGGUCACGUUUGUUGUUGAGUGCUUCCAAUUGGGUUGUAUUGCCUUUUUUUUGGAUCAACAGCAAAAACUUAUAUAGGAGAGGCAGAACAUGAUGGACUUUUUUCAGCCUAUAUAACUAUGUAACUAGUUUUAUGUAAAAUUAAAAAUGACACUUUUUGAUAUUUGUAGUGUCUUUUAUUCAAUUAAAGGUAUGUUCAAGUUAACCUCUCUCCUCUUUCUUGACCACUUUGCUGCCUGGCUAGCCUUCUUCCUCUCUUCUAAUAUUCAAUCCCUAAUUAUUGGGGACUUCCAUAUUCCCAAUAACCCACCUUUAACCUCAGCAGCCUCUAAACUACUUUCAAUUACUUCCUCCCUCGGGUUAUUGCAGUGGGCUAUUUCUCCCACCCAUGUAGCUGGCAAUACCCUCGACCUCAUUUCCUCUUAUGCAUGUACAGUAUCUAAUAUCUGCAACACUCCAUUUCCUCUCUCAGAUCACCACCUCUUAUCAUUUACUCUCGAGUACCCCGUCACCCAACAACCUCAGCCUAACCCCCCCUCAACUCAGGAGGAACCUUAAUUCUAUUGACCUCCACCAGCUGUCAGCUGAUAUUGAUUAAAAACUGCUAUCCAUACAUCUCCUGUCCCUCACUGGCCAUCUCCACAUAUAACACUACCCUCACCUCUGCCUUGAACGCUGCAGCCCUGCUCCAAACAUGCACCUCGAAGAGGAUGCAACCCCAACCAUGGCAUACUAAAUCAACACGCUAUCUGCAAAGUUGCUCCCGUUGUGCUGAACGCUCCUGGAGGAAGUCUCGCACCCAGUCAGACUUUCUCCAUUAUAGAUUCAUAUUGUGUUCUUACAGCCCUUGCCCUCACCAAACAGUCAUACUUUUCCUCUCUCAUUAGUUCAUUCUCCCGCAAUCCAAGGCGUCUCUUUGACACCUUUAACUCUCUUCUUCGCCCUGCUGGGAUCACCUCCCAAACUAACCUUACAGCUGAUAGCUUUGCAUGCUACUUUACCAACAAGAUUGAACAGCUAAACAAAGAAUUCUCAGCACCCCCAGUCCCCUUUGCACACUCAGUAGCCCAUGUCCCCCUUGCACAUCCUCAAACCCAUACCCCCUCUCAGACCCAGCUGCCCAUGUCCUUCUCUCACAUCAUCAAGCCCCAUGUCCCCUUCGUACACCCUGCAGCCCCAUGUCCCUAUCCUACAGUCCCCCACACUCAACAUCCCCUAUCCUCCCCUUACAAACACAUCCCAUAUUACCCCACACACACGCACACUCAAGGGCAAUCUUGAGAGACAUUGAAAAGAUAUGCCAACUUUGGAGACGUGUGCAUGUCAUUGGUGAUUACGCAACUUGCACUCUCUCUGGCUGAUCUGCCUUUAAAUGUUCAUGCUGAAUUUUUGUCCAGCCCUGAAAAAGACAACAGCUGCACUACAGUUCUGAGAAAUAGGUCACAGGGAAACUGCAUUCUAGAUGAGCUGUCUGAGUAAAACAAAUAGGUGUAUAAGCUUUAAUGCAUAUGGAUACUAUAGCAAUAAAAGCGUUAUCUAUGAUUUGAAACAAACACUCAAAAUUCAGGAGAAAUACAAUACAUACAUUAAAAACAAAAGAAAAGAGUUACAUGAACACUUUUCCAAAUAUCUAUGCACAUAAAUAAAUAACUGAAGGUUUUUAGUAAAACUCUAUGAGAGACCACCCUGUCUCUGUAUUAUUAAAGCUUUUUCCCCAUUCUCCUGUUUGUUCGGUUCACCGUGUUCAUCUAAAGCUUUCUGCUUACUGUUCAAAUACCGAACAAAACUCACCAACUACCAGACCACCCGUAUGGUGCGUGUGCUGCUCGUUAACCUCCAUCACCCCUGUCAACACCUCAUUAACAUUUGUAACUGCAACGUUCUAAGUGAUCGACUGGGUGGCCGCCAUUCAUAUGUACAAACACGUGGUGACAGACAUCGUGAGCUGCGAAUGCAGGCAGGGGUGUUUGGUUGCUGAGUAUGUGGAACUGAAAUCGCAUACUCGACCUCGUGAACACCACUGAACUUCCAUCCCCACCUGUGUUCGGUUAUAUCCAUAUGAAAAGAACAAGGUUCGGUGCGAGCUUACUCCCAAAUGAGGGAGGGGAUUACCCUGUAAUGCUGAGUUGGAAACCCCUUGGAGGGGCUGUUACAUAAAAGGCUGUGUGUGGCCUCCAAUUAACUAGUUUGCCCCCAGCAUUCAGUCUCGACUAAUGUCUGUGGGGGAAAGCUAUACCUCCUAUAUCACUACUUUACCUGCUUUGGAUUAUCUUUGUUGGGAAACUCUGCUUGGGAUUGCUACAGCAUAACUCACACAAGGGGGAAAAAGAACAUCUCUGGUGGUGAAACCCUUGUUCCUAUCCGGGUGGCCGCCACAAACUCCAAUGGCAAUUUCAAGUGUAAGCUUACCUGCCACAUCAAGGCAAACCUUAGGUGAGCCCUACACUAACAAUUUACCUUGCUACUUUCAGCUUCAGGUAAAAAACAAACCUCUAAUAAGACAGAGAGGGGUAUUAACCCCUGCACACUGAUUAACCCUUAGUAUGGAAAACGUGGGGUGGACAGUAGCAUUGUAAUAUGGCUGUGUGAUAAAAAUGCACACAUGAGAUGAUCUGCUUUGAUAUAUAAUUAUAUCUAGAAUAUGAAUUGUGCCUGAACUGUAAUAAUCAGUUGAAUACUUCUCAAUAGUGGGUUCAUUUAUGUGUGUUUAAAAUGUAUUUUAAGACAGACAAUUCAAACAGUAAAACAGCAUCUUAAAUGACCACCAACACCCAUAAAGCACUUCAGCUUGUUGGAGUGCUUUAUGGGUAAGGAGUAUCCCUUUAAAAAGGCACUUUGGUUUCUUUCUACAUAAGAGUGUCUGCCUACCCCCUGCAUUGACUGUAUGUAAUAAGAAAUGCAACUUUUGCAAGUUAUUUACCAAUCUGCCCCCUAUGAAUUCAUACAUAAAAAAUUUAUGUAUGUAUUAAUUGGGGUACAUCUAUGAAACAGUGAUUUUCAUUUUAUUCAUAAUUUUACCUGUGGAAUUAUUCAUUUUGAUAUUAAACAUACCUUUUGAACGGGCACCAACACUUCUUAAGUGGAUGUAAUAGCUUUUGGCCUCACAUUCAUGCUGUGUUUUUCUCCUUGUCCAUAUUUCUGUAACUUUGCUUAAAAAAAAAAGUUAUUCUACUUUAACCCCUUAAGGACAGCGGGCGUUCUAUGCCGUCAUUUUUGGGGUGGCUCUAAACGCCAGCAGGUGGCAUAGAACAUCCCCGCUGUCCUUAUUACUUACCCAAUCAGUGUUGCUCCUGGUCUGGGCGGACUGCCUGACAGCCCAGACAGUCCCCCCUCAGCAAAUUAGGCCCCCUCUGGCCAUGUGAUCGCUCUGAAAGAGCGAUCACAUGGCCACAAUAGGCGUCCAUAGUGCUGCUGCAGGGGGACUGCCUGGGCUGUCAGGCAGUCUCCCUGCUGCUGUAAAAUAAAAGAAAAUAUUUUAGUAAAUAAAAAAAAAAUAUAUAUAUAUAUAUAGUGUAGCCCUCUUGGUUUUAAUAUAUAUAUAUAUAUAUAUAUACACACACACAAACACACAUACACACCAACAGAGUUGUGGUGGGGAAUAAAAGUGUGAAUGAAAACCCUUUCCACUUGAAGGAAGUGGGUAGUUAAUACAUUGUUAAACACAAAUACACAAACCAGUCAAGACAUAAGACUUGCUUUUCCAACAGAAAUCUGAAAUUAACAGUGCUCUCACUACUGCAGGGGAUUCUGGGUAGGCGUAUGCAAAGGAGCUCAACAAAGAACCACAUUUUUGCCUCAUAAUUCCACUUUGGCUCAGUUCCACUUUGGAUUCCUUGGAAUAUGUGUCUGCUGUAUACAACAGCUUUGAAACACAACUCAGGAAGAGGAGCAAAGCCAGAGAACCACUCAUGGACAGCUGUUUCUCUGUUAAUGCAACUCUUCAGUAUAUAUAUAUAUAUAUAUCAUACUAAGUGUAUUUUUUUAUGAAUAUAUGCAUAUAUUAAUAUAAGAAUACACUUAGAAUUAAACAUACAUAUAUAUAUAUAUAUAUAUAUAUAUAUAUAUAUAUAUAGUAAAAAAUACAUAAUAAGUAAAUAAAAUAAAAAAAUAACAUAAUAAAAAAUAUCUUUUUAAAAAUGUAUACAUAUAUGUAAUUUCAUUCUAACUGUAUUUUGAUAUGAAUAUAUCCUCAGGCAGAAAGUCCAGAAAAUUUGCUGAAUGCAAAUAUUAGUGUUUCAUACAGUAAAACGUAUCAGAUAUUGUUAGUGAAAGUGCUUUUUUGCAUUUUUUACACACAAACGGCACUUUCACUGAUGAUAUUUUUGUGAUACGUUUUACUGUUUUGAAACAUUUAUAUUUGGGUUCAGCGAAGUCUUCCGAGUAUAAUAGUACCCCACAUGUACAGGUUUUAUAGUGUUUUUGAAAGUUACAUGGUCAAAUAUAAGGAUUGCUUUUCUGUUUUUUUACAUUGAAAUUUCCCAGGCUGGUUAUGUUGCCUUUGAGAGCGUAUGGUAACCCAGGAAUGAGAAUUACCCCCACGAUGGCAUACCAUUUGCAAAAGAAGACAACCUAAGGUAUUGCAAAUGGGGUAUGUUCAGUAUUUUUUUGGAGCCACUUAGUCACGAACACUGGCCAAAGUUAGCGUUCAUAAUUGUUUUUUGCAUUUUUAACACACAAACAAAUAUAAAUGACUUUAUGUCAGUGUUUGUGACUAAGUGGCUACUAUAAAAGACUGGGCAAACUCCAUAUUGAAUACCCUGGGUUGUCUACUUUUGCAAAUGGUGUGCCAUCAUGGGGCUAAUUCUAAUUCCUGGGCUAAGAUACGAUCUCAAAGGCAGCAUAACAAGUCUGGCAAAUUUCAAUGUGUAUAAACUGAAAAAUUAAACAUGCUAGGUUUGGCACUGUAACUUCCCAAAACAUCAUAAAACCUGUACAUGGGGGUUACUGUUGCUGAAUAGAAAUAAGUGCAUUUUAUUGCAGUAAAAGCUAACAGUUAAAAUGCCACGCAGAAAUAAAACAAUUUUUAAAAAUCUUAAUUUCUCACACUUUUUUAUAUUUUAGUCAUAAUAAUUCAUGUUUCAUAUAUGAAUAGUUCAUGUGUAAUGAAAGCCCUGUUUCUCCUUAACAAAAUUAUAUACAAUAUGUGUGGGUGCACUUAAUAUGAGGUGAAAUACGGUUGAACAGACAUAUAGUGCAAAUUCCAGUUUUUGCUUACAUUUUGUUUUGAUCACAAUGUGUACAACUGGCUCAGUCCUUAAAAGAGCACUAUAGGGUCAGGAACACAAACAUGUAUUCUUGAACCCAUAGGGUUAAAACCACCAUCUAGCCACCCUGGUCCACUCAUGCCUCCCUGAAUAUAGUAAAUCUUACUUGUGUUCAAGUCUGGAGCUGCUUGCUUUGUGCCUGUUUCCUCUAGACCUGCCCACUGCCUGCUGACAUCAGCAGAAGUUGUAGCCUGAUCCAAUCACAAUGCUUCCCCAUACGAUUGGCUGAGACAGACAAAGAUUCAGAUCAGGGGCAGAGCCAGCACAAUUCAAACACAGCCCUGGCCAAUCAGCAUCUCCUCAUAGAGAUGAAUUGAAUCAGUGAAUCACUAUGAGGAAGGUUCAGUGUCAGCAUGCAGAGGGUGGGGACUCUGAAUGUUUGGAUGCAUUUUAGGCAGCCAUAACCCAGGAAGGAUCUUUAACAGCUAUCUGAGGAGUGGCCAGUGAAAUUAUCACUAGGCUGUAAUGUAAACACUGCUUUUUCUCUGAAAAGACAGUGUUUACAGCAAAAAGCCUGAAGGUAAUGAUUCUACUCACUAGAACAAAUUCAAUAAGUUGUAGUUAUUCUGGUGACUAUAGUGUCCCUUUAAGGGGUUAAACAGCUUAAUUCCACAAACUUAGCCACGUCUCCCCUUUUCACAAAACAUCUUCCUUACUGGAAUGUAAAUAGUUUAGUUUAGCCAAUGAGAGAUCAUUGUAAGCUGUGCUGCUGACUUGACUCCAGGAACAGCCAACCAAUGCCCUAUUCUUAUUACGAUAGUAUUUUAUUUCAACGCUGUUCUAAGGGGAAAAGAGACAUAUAAGAAGAAGACAGUGAUUGUGGGGCUGAGCUGAGUAUAUACUCAGAGUAUGUCUAAUAAGGCAGUUGCGUUGGGACCAAAGCUUUAUUGUGAUUUGACACUUUUGUCAUGCGUUCAUUCCACCACAAUUUCCCUCUUUCUAUUUAAGCGCACUCAUACAUAUAUUAUUUUAUAAAAGAAGAAAUAUGGCUUUCUUUCUCUACCCCUAAUCCAACUCAAUAUCCACUGUCUAAUCCAAAUUGUAUUCCUACGCAUAAUCCAACCCUAAUCCCACCCAUAAUUGUACUCACAAUCCUACCCAUAAUUCUACUCACAAUCCUACCUAUAAACCUAGUCCUAAUCCCACCCUCUAAUCAAGAAGUUCAGCAAUAUAGCUGUGGAUGUCUCUAUAUUAAAAAUACAGAAAGAUAAGUCCUCACUCCCAUCACUCCUGGGCGGCAGCAACGACCACAGUACACAUCAGCCGCAAUACAUACAGUAAAAACAAAAGAAAAAGUUACCUGCGCUCUCUCCUUAAUCCCUAUGUAUAUUUAAACAAAUGGAGGUCAUUUAGUUACUCCAAUGGCCAUUGGAAGGAAUGCCCACCUGCCAACAUCAAGGCAGACCCUCUCUAAGCGGGUCCUACACUGACCCUUCACCUUGCUUCCUUGAGCUUCUGCCAGAGAUAUGAGACAGAGAGGGGUAUUUUUUAUAUACACCCCUAUAUACGUAUUAACCCUUAAUAGGGAAAACGUGGGAUGGGCGGCAGCAUUGUAACAAGGCUGUGUGAUACAAAAAGUGAAUACAAAUACAAAAAGAUAAGUCCUGCGCUCACUCCCAUCACUCCUGGGCGGCAGCAAAAUGGCCAUUGGAGUAACUAAAUGACCUCCAUUUGUUUAAAUAUACAUAGGGAUUCAGAAGAGAGCACAGGUAACUUUUUCUUAUGUCUCUAGAUUAAUCUUGUACCCAAGGAGGUAAAUAGGUCCUACAAGGGAGGUAUAGAGAAGAUAGCAUUGUGCAGCAGUGUGACCAAAUCAUUCUAUCUGUAGUAUUUUCAGCUAUGAGGUUUAUUUUUGUUUACAGUUUUUGGGGGGAUAAACCAUUAGCAGAUAGCUAAUUGAAUACCAGCAGAAUGUAAGGUAAUAUAUAUUUUUUUUUACUUAUUUAUUUAAUUUGAAUGGGAGAGCACAGCCACUAUUUUAUUUAUCAUUAGUAUUCUGUGUAACUAAACAAUUUAUUUUUGUCAACUGUAUAUUAAAUGCCUUAUUUCCCUUCUUGCUUUAGUUUUAUUUGUUUUUUUUAACUUGAUGCAGACUUUUUUUGGGUGAUGCAAGUUUUCAGGGGAACAAUUAGACUUUAAUUGUAAAUGUCAAGGGGCUGUGUUUACCAAUAGUUUGUCAUCCCAAGUAGGUUUCUAAGCAUUUACCUCUCAUAAUCAGUAAAAAAGACUCAACUAUUAUUUUCUGUAGAUUAAUCCAUUAGCAUCAACAUUAAAAUCAGGGAACAGUUUGACCCAAAAUGGUGUUUAUAAUGCCUCAAGCAGGGUUGCCAUCAUAUAUUCUACAGAGCUUAAAACAUGGAGUACGAGGCACUCCAGUGUAUGUGUGUUUGUAAGGGAUAUAGUGAGUGUAUGGUGGCUGCAGUGUGUAUUUAUAGUAGAUACAGAGUGUGUAUGUGUAUAGUGGAUGCAGUCGCUGUAUAGUGAGUGCAGUGCGUGUGUAGUGCAUGCAGUGUGUGUUUACUGGGUACAGUUUGUGUGUAAAGUGGAUUCAGUGUGUGUAUAGUGGAUGCAGUUUGUAUAUAUUGUGGGUGUAGAGUGUGUCUAGUGGAUGUAGUGUGUGUAGUGGAUAUAGUGUGUGUUUGUGUAGUGGAUGCAGUGUGUGUAUAAAUGUGUGGGGUUGGUUAGGGGCUGUGUACUGUGGUCAAUGAGUUUUUUUUGUUUUGUUUAGUUUUAAGUUGUUUUCCCCCUCCCUGCCUCUUCCAUGUGGCCAUUGAGCUUGGAUACUAGAUUCUGGUGUUCUGGUGGCACUGGGCAAGCUCCUAGCUUGCUGUCUUAAGUAGUGAGGGCACAUAUGUGUGUGUAAGGGAUGUUGUGUGUGUGUGUAUAUGGUGGAUGCUCUGUGGACAGUGAGUAGUUAUAUUGUUUUUUUCUUUUUUUUUUUUAUAUUAAGUUUAUUCCCCCUUUCUUGCCUCAUACCUGUGGCCAUGGAGGGGGGACACGACAUUCCUUGGGGUCUGGUGGCACUGUGCAAGCUCCGAGCUUGCUGUCUUGAAUGGUGAACGGGGUCCCAAGAUACUCCAGCUUCCACCUCUGGCAGGUUCUCUCCCUUUCCUGCUAGCCUGUACUGUGCUGUGUCUGAGCAUUGCAACACUUUGACAGCUGGACCAACUCAUCACUAUUGAAGCCAGCAGUGGUCCAGAGAAAUAUAUGGCCUAGGACCGAUAUACAGCUUUACUGGUUGUACCUACUGAUGUGGGCCAUGGCAUUGAGCAUUGCUCAUAAUCAGUUUGAAUGAAAACUUCCUCUGCAACACAAGUUAGUGUUGAUGCAUUAAAACACAGGAGAUAUUGAGAAGAUGUAUAGUAAGUCUUCAGAUAAGAUUUAAGUGGUGUGCAAAGUGGUACUGAAAUACAUUUCUUUUUCUUAGGUUCCAUAAUGAGCUCUUCUCCAGUACAGACUUUUCAGGGAAACCUACCUCCUGAUUCAACAGAACAAAAAGGUCCAACACCAAGUUCUGCUGUUGGGGACAUUAUGUUAAAUUCUGUGACUUAUCUUGAUAAGAUUCAGAAAAUAUCAGAAGAUGGAAAUCAAGAGGUUGAUGAUGAGAUUGUUGAUGCCAUGCAAGACAGCGCCUCUUGUAAGUACAUGUCCAUAAUGUGGUCUCUUGACAGACCUCUGCUGUUCAAGCCUGAGGGAAUAUUUUUAUAUGUUUCACCUGGACCAGAUACAAUGUCACUAUGAUUACAAUUUAUUUACAAAUACCUUUUAUGUAAGCAAGAAUAUUUUUAGGAAAUCCUUUACAUUGAAAGUGUGGGUAUUUUUGGUUAAAGAAACACUCCAAGCAACAUAACCACUACAGUCCACUGGUGGGGUCUGCCAGGGACCAGUCUGAGCCUCAGCUGAAGCUGGAUGUCUCAGAACAUAGCUAACCCCAGACUUAGUUGACUUAGUUGGCACUACUAGCCAUUAUUUAACAGUUUGAUUACUUCCAAUAGGGUUGGUACCAAGAUAGUCCUGACAUAACUACUACAGUGGGCUGUAGUGGUUAUGGUGCUUGAAAUGGUCCUUUAAGCCAAAUGGUGGUCACAUAAUCAUUUUCAGCAUUUUUGAUUUUCAGUAUACAUUUUGUCUACUCAUUAUUGUAAUAUGUAUUAGUAGAAAUUAUGCAUUUUUGUUUAGAAACUGUAGUUUUUGUUAAAUUUGUUUUUCAGAAAUUAUGAAAUAAAAACAGAGUGCAGCAUUGGAGCUCUGGGUCCCAAAGAACAUAGAUAGAAAUAAAAAUCAAUGGUUUUAGAUAUAUAUUUUAGGAUCACAUUAUAGGAAGGCAAUUAAUCAUUCUUUGUUGAAAUGUCCUCAUGUUAUCCAAACCUGGAAUGAUCUCUUCCCAAAGUGUACAUAUAUUAACAUUCCCAGAAGUGCAAUUAAAUUAUGCAUGAAAAUAUUUAGCUUUCACCAACCCCCGAAUAAACUCAUUUUAAAAUUAACCCUUUCUUUUUAAUAAGCUCAUGAUUGUUUUUAUCUAAUUAAUUGAUUUCUUUGAAGAUGUAAUCCUGCAUCUCAUUGCUAGUUUGAUUUACAAUUAUAAGAAGAAGAAAAAUCUGAACUCAUGUUUUUCACGUUUAAUAAUCUAAUCUUUAGUGGAAAAAAUCAUGUAAUUUCACACCAGAUAAAAGACUUGUAGACACCCCUUGUAUCUGUAACCAUCUGUUCCCUCCAGUUUAUUAUAACAUCACAUUUGGAAUUUUCUUAAAGAUGAAUCCUAAAGUGUGAAGAGAAAACAGGGUAUUUUUCAAUUAAUGGCAUCAAUGCACAUAGUUCCACUGUGAAAUCCUUUUGAUAGUUUUUCUGAGGAUAGCUCAUUACAAACUGAGUGCAUCAAUUGGCAAAAUAUAGCAACUAUUCUGCGUUAAGCUUCAACACUCCAGUAGCUCUGAAACCAAUCAAUGUACCUGCACAGAAUAAAAAUAGGUGUCAUUUAUUUGUCUUUAUAUUUUGGGGUACACACAAUGUUCAUUACUAUGUUGGGUUCAUAUAGGUUCAUCAUUUGCACAUAAGAAAUAUCAUGCAGUUUCUUGGAAUGUCACAUUGACAUUCUGUUAGGGAAAACUGUGGAUCAUGCUGAGUGCUAAGUGUUCCUUAUCAGCGGCAUUGUUCUUCACAGUGUUCUUUGGAAUUCCCCCGCUAAAAAGGCAUUUUAAAUGCUGUGGGGAAUAAAACUGCUCUGCAUUACUAAAUGCCAAAGAAGGGACUAAGUGGGCUCAAGAGGUGAUAAUUCUUGGGCUAAAGUCUAAGAAUAAUGAAAAAUCUCUCAGUUCUUCACAGGGUGAUUGAUGAGUCAAAGAGACACUUCAGGCAGCCACAUAUCUCAACAAUGCAGUAAAAACAAGUCAGACUUAUGUUUCCAAUUUAAGGAACACUAUCGUGUUUGGAAAAUAAAUUUAUCUUUAACACUAUAGUGACCUGGUAACUCAUUAGGGUACUGGCCCCCGAUGUGUGAAAGAGAAAUUUGAUUUACUUACCUUUUCUCCCUCACCAUGGUGUUCUCCCUGUGGCCAGCCCGGCAUUCUUGGCUAAAAUAGGAAAUCAUUGAGGGGCUAGUGUGCAUGUGCUGCAAAACACCCCGCUGCGACAAGUUUCACUUGGCUAUAUUGGUAGAAGUGCCUCUAAUGCCUGUCAGAGAGUGAGCUGGGCUAUGGAGGCAUUGGAACUGAUGAGGGCAGUGAAAUGAGAAAAGCAUCACCCAGGAACAUGGUAAGCUUUUCUAAAGAGGGUGUUUUUAGUGACUUCUUAAAGAACUAGAGGCUAGGACAUAGUCUGAUGGCACAAGGCGCAGAAGCUAGAUUUUACAUGUUGAGUGAGGGGCACAUUGACAGUGCAGGUUAGAAGUUGGUGGUCAGACUGUGGGAAAGGUGUGUUAGAGACAGAGCAAAGGUUGUAGAAAACAAGGUUUAGUGUAUUGCCUGCUAUGUGUGUAGAAGUGUUGGUCAAUUAAGUAAGGCCAAUGGAGGAGGGGAUAGAUAGAAGAAAAAGAAAAAAAGGUGUGUCAGCGCUUCUAGUGUGCAAAAUAACAAGAGGUGUAAAACAAGGAGUAUCCCCCUACACCCUAAAAUCAAUAAAGUUAAAACCAGAAAGACAGUUACCCUCUGUGAACAUAAAAUAUACCUACUGAUGGUAGCAUGUAAUUGAUAAAAACGGGACAUAUGCAUGUAAUCUAAAAAAUAUUAAAACAAGAAAACAUAGUGCAGACUUUAUAAAAAGGUGCUCUAAAAAGAGUAUUGACAGUAACACACUUGAUCCAGGGCCCUCCCAGGCUCUGUAUGUAAGGCUUCCGGUUGCCUAUACAGGCUGCAGAUGAUAACUGGAUCAGGACACAGCAGUAUUCACAAAGGACUUGGUGAAGUAUUGUUCCAAAAUGUAUUUUAAAUCUAUAUUUAAUGUACAUAAAAUAUACAGGGACUGGGAAUAAAAGGUAAAGCAGUAGAAAAGGGCCAAAAUGGCAAAGAUCACCACAUUAUAUACAGUGCCUUGCAAAAGUAUUCACCCCCUUGACUUUUUACCUAUUUUGUUACAUUACAGUCUUAAGUUUAAUGUUUUAUUAAUCUGAAUUUUAUGUGAUGGAUCAGAACACAAUAGUCUAAGUUGGUGAAGUGAAAUGAGAAAAAUAUAUACAUAAAACUUUUUUUUGGAAAUAGAAAACAGAAAAUUGGCAUGUGUGUAUGUAUUCACCCCCUUUGUUAUAAAGCCCAUAAAAAGGUCUGGUGCAAUCAAUUACCUUCAGAAGUCACAUAAUUAAUGAAAUGAUGUCCACCUGUGUGCAAUCUAAGUGUUACAUGAUCUGUCAUUACAUAUACACACCUUUUUUGAAAGGCCCCAGAGACUGCAACACCUAAGCAAGAGGCACCACUAACCAAACACUGCCAUGAAGACCAAGGAACUCUCCAAACAAGUAAAGGAUAAUGUUGUGGAGAAGUACAACUCAUGGUUAGGUUAAAUAAAAAUAUCCAAAUCUUUGAUGAUCCCCAGAAGUACCAUCAAAUCUAUCAUAACCAAAUGGAAAGAACAUGGCACAACAGCAAACCUGCCAAGAGACGGCCGCCCACCAAAACUCACAGACCGGGCAAGGAGGGCAUUAAUCAGAGAGGCAGCACAGAGACCUAAGGUAACCCUGGAGGAGCUGUAGAGUUCCACAGCAGAGACUGGAGUAUCUGUACAUAGGACGACAAUAAGCCGUAUGCUCCAUUGAAUUGGACUUUAUGGCAGAAUGGCCAGAAGAAAGCCAUUACUUUCAGCAAAAAACAAAAUGGCAUGUUUUGAGUUUGCGAAAAGGCAUGUGGGAGACUCCCAAAAUGUAUGGAGGAAGGUGUUCUGGUCUGAUGAGACUAAAAUUGAACCUUUCGGCCAUCAAAGAAAAUGCUAUGUCUGGCGCAAACCCAACACAUCACAUCACCCAAAGAACACCAUCCCCACAGUGAAACAUGGUGGUGGCAGCAUCAUGCUGUGGGGAUGUUUUUCAGCAGUCGGGUCUGGAAAAAUGGUCAGAGUUGAGGAAAAGAUGGAUGGUGAUAAAUACAGGGAUAAUCUUGAGCAAAACCUGUACCACUCUGUGCGUGAUUUGAGGCUAGGACAGUGGUUCACCUUCCAGCAGGACAAUGACCCCAAACACACUGCUAAAGCAACACUUGAGUGGCUUAAGGGGAAACAUGUAAAUAUGUUGGAAUGGCCUAGUUAAAGCCCAGGCCUCAAUCCAAUAGAGACAUAGUCUAUGUGGUGAGACUUAAAGAUUGCUGUUCACAAGUGCAAACCAUCCAACUUGAAGGAGCUGGAGCAGUUUUGUAAGGAGGAAUGGGCAAGUGUCCCAGUGGUAAGAUGUGGCAAGCUCAUAGAGACUUAUCCAAAGUGACUUGGAGCUGUGAUUGUCGCAAAAGGUGGCUCUACAAAGUAUUGACUUUACGGGGGUGAAUAGUUAUGCACAUUUACUUUUUCUGUUAUUUUGUCCUAUUUGUUGUUUGCUUCACAAUAAAAAAAAAAAAAAAGUUGUAGGCAUGUUCUGUAAAUUAAAUGAUGCAAAUUAUCAAAUAAUCCAUGUUAAUUCCACGCUGUGAGGCAACAAAACACGAAAAAUGCCAAGGGGGGUGAAUACUGUUGCAAGGCACUGUAUGCAGUCCACAAGUCUAUUAUGGAGUCUUUCUCAGUGCUAUCAAUUACAUGCAUAUGUCCUGCUACCAUCAGUAGGUAUAUUUUAUGUUCACAGAGGGAAACUGUCUUUCUGGUUUUAAUUUUAAAGCCAGAUAGAAGCCUAGAUGCAAUUGAGUUGUUAGGUAAAAGGGAUGUUGAAUUCAUCGAGGAUGAGGGAAGGAAUGUCAGAAGAGAGAAAUUGAGGAAGCCAACAAUAAAAUUGGCAGAGGAAGCGUAAAGGAGAACCGGGAGGGUGUUGGUAACAGUAACAUGGGCUGAUGUAUGGAGAUGUGAAAUUAAAUGUGAAUGACAGUAAACUUUUUGAUAUUACAGAUUGAGAUUGCAUUCCAAAGGGCACAGUGGAAGGAAUGUGAUAAGGUUAAGUGACAGGGUAUAUAUAUAACAGAUUUUAAGUUGUUCUGGUGGAGCUGUGAGUAGGGUGGGAAGCAUAGGGGUCAGGAUUAGGAGACACAUCUCCAGCUGCUUAAAGCAAAGGGAUGGCCAGAGAAAGAAGGUGGGAAUGGGACUUAAAUAUAUGUGUGGGACUUUUAGUUUUAGAAGUGGGAGGACAAGCAGAUGUGUGAAAGAAUAACAUGGGAUGAAACAAGGGAUGAAGGCAGUAUAAAAAGAGCAAUGCAGAUUGAGUUACAUGGAGAUGGUGGGUGGAAGGAAAGGUGAACUUUUUGAAAAAACAGACAAAAAGGAAAGGGAAAAUGUAAGAAUGAGAACAUUAGAUAAUUACCUUUAUAAAGUAAUAAAGGAAGAAGUGUCAGGUAGUGUGGCAGUUUAACAGCAAGGUAGGAAUAGUUGUCUGCAGAGAGGAGCUAGCAGCUGAUGACCAUGAGUGAGUAAUUGUUAUAUAUAUAUAUAUAUAUAUUAUAAACAGGACCUAGGGGUGGGUUAUGGGAGGCGAAAGAGAGUGUGUUGUUGCCAGAAUUGUUUGCAAGAGUUGCAAGAGACUGCGGCUCUAAAAGAGAAGAGGUUAAAAGGUGAAAUAGGUGCUAUUUGGCUCAUAGAGUUUACAAGGAACAGGUAAAAGUCUGAUGACACUAGGGGUAAAAUAUUCUGUAAGCAUACGACAUAUAAUUCUGGUAUAAAAAAAAAUGUAAAAAAUUAAAACAGAAGAAAUAUCAAUUGGACAAAAGGGAACACAGCAGAUGUAGGUGGGGUGAUGAGUAGAUGAAGUAUCCCAGGUGUACUUUGUAACUCUUACGGUAAGGCAGUCUGUAAAAUGCUUAUGUGCUGUAGUCUUGAUGACUUAAGUUCUCAGGAGCCCUUCUGCGAGUGUGUUGUUGCCAGGUUUGUCAGCAAGCGACUGAGGCUUGCAGUUCUUAGUCAAUCAAACAUAAACAAAAAUGAACACAAACAGUCUAGACAUGAAAUGAAUUGUACUUUAAAAGAUAUGAAUAAUUGUGUACCCACCAUGAGACAAGUAGUGUGCCCGGGUCACUGACAGUCACUACGACAUAGACCGCAAUUGAUUGACAUAUAAAUGCUUUUAAACUUUUUACAGGUGAUCGUAAAAAUAAAAGAAGAAUUAGAACCACAUUCACCAUUGAUCAGCUGAACGAGUUGGAAAGAAUAUUUCAAGUAACACAUUACCCAGAUGUGCAGACACGAGACCAGUUGGCGGCAAAAAUCAAGCUCCCCGAAACACGUGUGCAGGUAUGUCUGCAAAGUGUGAUAAAUAAUUAGCUAAUAAAGUAACAUCAUAUGUGCCCAUAUGUCUUUUGCAUUUGCAUCAUUUUAAACUUGCAUUUCCUGGCAAUAAAUGACAUUCAAUAUUUUUCAGCUCUCUCAAUAAAUAUAUAGAUUAAAUAAAAAGCAUUCUACAAAGUUUGUUAGAAUAAUCAGCAUUUUAUGCCACUGAUUUUGCAAUGUAGCAAUCAUGCAAUGGGUUACUUAUAAUGUGACAUAUUUGAGAAUAAAAAUAGCUAUUUACAAGUGUGAUAAUCUGUACUGUUUACAAACUGUCAUAACUGUCAUUCACAGAAUAAGAAUGAUUUUGUGAAAGAAAAAAACAUUCUCAAUUAUUUUAGGAUAAGCAUAAAUAUAAUAAAGAUAGGAAUAAACCACGCACUGUAUGUUACGGAAAAAUAAUGAGACUUAUGGAGAUUUUUUAUAAACACAGUAUCAUUAGGAAUACUAUUACUUUUAAAUCAAACUAUUUACCAUGCUGUGUAUUGCUUCAUUAGAUGUUAAAUGGAUUAUUUCUACAAUGGGAAUUAAAAUCAUAGGGAAUGCAUUAUACAAACUGGAAUUAUUACAUUGUUUAAAAUAAAUUUGCAUACCUCACAACAUUUAAAAUGAACAAAGAGGUAUACUUUCAUUUUAGGGGGGUGAGUGGGGCGAUGACAAGGGGCAGGGCUGUUCUGAGAAAUUUGGGUGACUUUCUAAUAACAAUUUAUACAAAUAUAUAAUUUAGAGCAAGAACAAUGUAUCUUACUUAUACAGACUUAUAUCUGAGCACAUUUAUUGUAGUUUACUGGGGGAAUUAUUGCUGUGGGGUUCUGUUAUACACUCAGACACAUCAACAAUAUGUCUACAAAAAAUAUCCUACAAAAAAAGAGAUUUUAGGAGAGAAAAAAGGGACGUAGGGAUUUUGGUUCAAAGUAGGGACUAUUGGGAGGUGUGAAUUUGAGAUAAAAAAUUUUGGAUCAUGUUAUUAUGGUUACUACUAGGACAUCUGUCUAUCUCUAGAUUAAGUUAUUUUGAGGGAAGCUCUACUUAUUAAAAUAAUAUCUCCAUGGAAUGCCAGUGAGCCUAAAACAACUCAGACAAAAGAAAAAAAAGGAAUAUUUUUUAUUAAGUUCUUUAAGGUUAUUAUUAUUAUUGGUAUUUAUAUUGUAAAUAUUGUAAUAUUGUAAAACGCUGCAGAAUUUGACGGCGUUCUAUAAGUAUCAUAAUAAUAAUAAUAAUAAUAAUAAUAAUAAUAAUAUAUAGUGCCAACUUAUUCUGCAGCACUUUACAAUAUUACUUAAGGGGGAUGUAAGAAUUAAUGAGACAAUUACAAAAUGUUAGAAGAACAACAGAUAAAUGAGGACCCUGCUCAAACAAGCUUACAGUCUAGAGGAGUGAAGUAUAAAGACACAAUAGGAAGGGCAUAGGGAUUGCAAACAACAAGGUAGAAAAGUAGCAGAACUGGGAGGUGAGAGGUUGCAACAUAUCCAUACGAAAUCGUGUCAUAUUUAGACAGAGAUAACUGGUAUAUCCUGGCAGAUCAGGGGCAGAGCCAGCACAAGCUAAACACAGCCCUGUCCAAUCUGCAUUUCCUCAUAGAAAUGCAUUGAAGCAAUGAAUCUCUAUGAGGAAAGUUCAGUGUCUUCAUGCAGAGGGUGAAGAUACUGAAUACCAGUGCUGCACACUGUGUAGCACUGCCCUAGGAAGCACAUCUAGUAGCCAUAUGAGGAGUGGCCAGCGGAGAUAUCCCUAGGCUGUAAUGUCAACACUGCAUUGUCUCUAAAAACACAGUAUUUACGCAAAAAAAGCCUGAAGGGAAUGAUUAUACUCAGCAGAACAAAUACAAAUGUUACCGCUCACUGACGAGAUCCAAAGAAGGCCAAAAUGUUUGUCUGGGGUUGCUGUACCUCUCUUGCUGAGAGAAUUUGCCAACAUUUCAAUCUGGACUGCCUUUAUGGGUGGGGUCGUUGAAUAUGUAAAUAUUCUAAUAUCCUACCCAGCCCACACUCACAGGCAGAGGGGACAAUUCUCAGGCUAGAGAAGUGAUACCUGACAUUUAGAGCUCUCUGACUGAGCUUGCAUAGCAUAAACACAUACAAGACUGUUGCUUAGAAAGACAGGUUUUGCCCUAAGAGAGGUUAUCCACAUUUGAAUUCUUUUAAAACGCAAGCCCUCAUCUUAAACAGUAAUUUCUUUAUCUUAACAAGCCUGUUUUUCCUUUUCUUCAUUUGCUUUCUAAAAAAUGAUGUUUUUUUUUUUUUUUGUCCUUUUCUAUUCUCUGUUAACAUACCAUUUUAUUUCCAACUAAUAUCUAGUUCAGGGAUAGGCAACCAUUUAGUAGUACUGUGGUAAAACACAAUAUCAAAGUCCCUCAACCUGCCUGUUUAUUUUUAUUUUUUUAAAUAGAGCUCUUAAAGGGACACUAGAAUCAUUCCCUUCUAGCUUUUUGCAGUAAACACUGUCUUUUCAGAGAAAAUGCAAUGUUUACAUUACAGCCUAUUGAUAACUCCAGUGGCCACUCCUCGGAUGGCUGCUAGAGGUGCUUCCUGAAGCAGUGCUGCUCCAUUCAGUGUCUCCACCCUCUGCAUGCAGACACUGAACUUUCCUCAUAGAGAUGCCUUGAUUCAAUUCAUCUCUAUGAGGAGAUGCUGAUUGGCAAGGGCUGUGUUUGACUUGUGUUGGCUCUGCUCCUGAUCUUCCUUCUUGACAGUCUCAGCCAAUCCUAUGGGGAAGCAUUGAAAUUGUCUCAGAUCACCACCUUUGAUGAUGCAGACAGCAGGCAGGUCAGAGGCAGACGGGGACAGAGCCAGCAGUUGCAGACUUGAAUACAAGUAAGAUUUUACUAUAUUUAGGGAGGCAAGAGGGGGCCAGGGGGGGCUAGAUGGUGGCUUUAACACUAUAGACACUAUACACUAUAGAGUCAGGAAUACAUGUUUGUGUAUUUGACCCUAUAGUGCUCCUAAUAUUAAUAUUGCCAUUUUGAUUUUGUGUUAUUGGUGAUAUUCUAUUUUUGUAAUAUUGUAUUUUUGUGCUAUUGUGUAUGAUACCUAUGCAUCUGGGCUCUGUAUAGGGGCUGCUUGUGGAAUUGUGUGUUUGGAUGAUAUGUCACAUUGUGUGUUUGGUGGUGUGCUUAUGUAUGGGGCUGCUUAUGGUACUGCAUGUAUUGUGGGGUUGUGUGGAUUGUCAGUAGUGUUGUGUUUGUGGACACUGUGUGUCUGUUUGUGUGUAGGCCGCUUGUAUUAUUUGUGUGAGGGGGAGCUUCUACAGCUUUGUGUGUAUCAAUCAGUAUUCAUGGCUUCCCUGGGGUCCAGUGGGGACCAGGCUGGCCAGGUACAGGUCAAGGGCAGGAGCUGCUAUAGCUGCUGCAGGCUGAUUUACUCCGGUGUGGAUUUCCAUUUACAAGUGCUGGGAGGAAGUGAUCUGAGAUCACUUCCUCUAAGUGCUUCAAUGCGUGAAAUUAGGAUUGUCUCUCACCACCUGCAAUCUCCAAUCAGCGCUCAGUUUGCUCUAGCUCUAGCAGUUAUCUGAAUUCCCACUGAUACUCCUGAUAGGCCACAGCCUGUUUGGUUUUAGCAGCCUUGAGGGCUGUGUAAAGUCACCUUACGUGCCAUAGGUUGCUGACCACUUAUCUAGUUAGUAGUACCCUUAAAGGGACACUGUAGUCAUCAGAACAACUACAGCUUAUUGAAUUUGUUCUGGUGAGUAGAAUCAUUACCUUCAGGCUUUUUGCUGUAAACACUGUCUCUUCAGAGAAAAUGCAGUGUUUACAUUACAGCCUAGUGAUAACUUCACUGUCCACUCCUCAGAUGUCUGUUAGAGAUCCUUCCUGGGUCAUGACUGCCUAAAAUGCAUCCAAACAUUCAGUAUCUCCUCCCUCUACAUGCAGACACUGAACUUUCUUCAUAGAGAUUCAUUGAUUCAAUUCAUCUCUAUGAGGAGAUGCUGAAUGGCCAGGGCUGUGUUUGAAUCAUGCUGGCUCUGCCCCUGAUCUGCCUUUUUGUUAGUCUCAGCCAAUCCUAUGGGGAAGCAAUGUGGUUGGAUCAGGCUACCACUUCUGAUGAUGUCAGCAGACUGUUUGUUUUACUGAGGCAAACAGCAUGCAGAGUUCCAGCUUCAGGAUGAAUACAGUAAGAUUUUGCUAUAUGUAUAGAGGCAUGAGGGGCCCGGGGGGGCUAGAUGGUGGUUUAAACACUAUAGGGUCAGGAAUACAUGUUUGUGCUCCUGACCCUAUAGUGAUCCUUUAAAUAUUUAUAUGAUAUUUUCAAGUAUUAUUCCUGUAGCAGGUUCAUUAGUGGUUCAUUAACACGGUUUUAGCCAGUGCCAAGUACAACAGUUUAACAGAGAUGAAGAGAGUACAUGAAAAUAUCAAAUCACUUUCCCUGCAAUUAUUAUUAUUAUUAUGUUAUUUAUAUAGCACCAUCUAAUUCUGCAGCGCUUUACAAUGGCUGGACGAACAGAUGUGUAGUUGUAACCAGACAAGUUGGACACACAGGAACAGAGAGGUUGAGGGCCCUGCUCAAUGAGCUUACAUGCUAGAGGGAGUGGGGUAAAAUGACACAAAAAGGUAAGGAUAGUAUUAGACUAAUGACAGUAAUAGAGGACCACAAGCCUAUUUCUGAUGUACAGAACGGUGUCACAGACCACUACCAUUUCCAAGUUGCAGAAGAGAGCCAUAAUCUUAUUCAUAAUUAUAGAAUAGUGCCAGAUUUCUUCAUUUAAAAGAAGUUGCUGAGAACUUCAGAGAACUGUAGAACCUUCUUUCAUAAGUGAAGGAGAGCAAGAAAACCUUUUUAUUUAUUCAGAUAAUUAGAGUAUUCUAGGAGAACUAUGACAGUUAGAAUAUUCUUUCUCUUGAAUAAGAAUAAAACCCUACUUUUAGCUUGCUGUUAUUUUCAUGUAAAAUUUUAAUUCCACAUUCCACAGUGAGGGAAUGUAUUUGGCCACACCUUCACUGCUCCCUUCUUAAAUAUAAAAUAAUAAAAAAUAAUAAAAAGUCAAUAAACAAGUUGCCUGGAUGACUGUUAUCCAUGAAUCAAUUCAUGUUCUUUUUUUUUAAUUUGAGUAAUUUGGUUAUUUGGAACAAAUCACUCAAAAUUCAAAUUAAUGUGCAUUCAGACAAAAACAAACAAACAAGUUUGCUGAAAAUGAAAUAAAUGUUUUAUCUGUGUGGAAUGUCAUCACGUGUGAAUACAGUGUUCUAUGUGGAAUGUCAUCACAUGUGAAUACAGUGUUCUAUCAGUGUGGAGUGUCAUCACGUGUGAAUACAGUGUUCUGUCUGUGUGGAGUGUCAUCAUAUGUGAAUAUAGUGCUCUAUCUGAGUGAAAUGUUAUCACAUGUGAAUACAGUGUUCUGUCUGUGUGGAGUGUCAUCAUAUGUGAAUAUAGUGCUCUAUCUGUGUGGAAUGUUAUCACGUGUGAAUACAGUGUUCUAUUUGUGUGGAGGUUCAUCACGUGUGACUACAUGGCUUUAGCUGUGUAAAGUGCCAGCAUGUGUGAAUACAAGGUUCUAUCUGUGUUGAGUAUCUGCACAUGUGAACACAGGGUUUUAUUUUUGUGUGGAGUGCCAGCUUGCGCAAAUACAGGACUCUAUUUGUGCGGAGUGUCAGCAUGUGCAAAAGCAGGGCUCCAUCUGUGUGGAGUUCAGCAAGUGUGAAUUUCAAGGCUUUACCUGAAUGGAUUGUCAACAUGUAGAAAUGCAAGGCUCUGUGUGUAGAGUGUCAGCACGUGUGAAUGCAGUGCUGUGUGCAGUGUCAUUUGAUCACCACUAGUAUUUGUCAAUCUACCAGUCAGUUUUUAGAGAUUGACGGUGGUUUCAUCAAAUGAUCACUUUCAUCAUUUUUUAUACACAGAGUGUACUUAACAACAUGUUUAAAGCUACUUGAAUGUGAGUUUAUAUACAAUGUAAAAUAAAUAAUAUAAAUUAAUACACUUUGAUAUAUCAAGAGUGUUUCUCUUGAUUUUGUUUUAUAGAUUCAAUGUCUCAGGAGGAAAUAAGAUUCUGAGAAUUGUCAAUUACUUGAAGCUAACUAUAUUUAUAUUACUUGUCAGUGUAUCAACUACAUAGAUAAUCUUUCUAUUUCUCCUCUCACUUCUUAAAAAACAAAAAUAAGAUUUGGUUUCAAAACCGUCGGGCGAAAUGGAGAAAAUAUGAAAAACUUGGCAAUUUUGGGGGCCUUCAGCACCUGACAACAGUAGACAUGAUUCCUGCUCCAAAACCAGACCCCAUGGUAAGAUACUGGGCAUUAGAUAUGACUUAACCUGGGUAGUCUACUGUAGUUCCUGCUAAACUAGAUUUUCUAUAAUGUAAAACUAAGUUUUCCAGAGAACUAUGGAAUACAUACAAAUCAAGAGGUUAACAUAUAUACUUGAGAUGACUGCUUAAUAUUGUGUUUGCUUAAUAUGAUAGAAAUAAAGAGAGGACAGCUUAAUAUGGUACAAGCAAAGAAGCAAAUAAGAACAACUACCCAGUCAAUGAGUGUUUGAACAUUCUAAUUUUGUCUGAACUGGUUUCACAUGUAGUUGAAGCAGGCCCAGUUAGGAAGAUGUUCUAAAGGUUAGAGUACAUAAGCUUAGGACCAUACCAGCCCACCAUGAACCUAGGUAAUUUCCCAGGUUACAUUAUAACCUGGGUCAGGUGAAAACCUUUUGUACAAAUUGUAGACACUGAGGGCCACCUUUAUGCCAUCAUAUGCUGGCAGCCACAAUAAGGAGAGAUUGGGACAGGGAGAAGGAGACAAGUCCUGGUUCAUUAGCAAGAAGUAGGGGACAGGCUGGAGACCUAGCAUUACCCCAGGAAGGCAUCUGGGCAGACUGCAUUGUCCAGUGCAUCGUGUUUGUAUGUAUGGAACAGUGAAUGUGUGUCUACAGAGUGUUUAUGUCUAUGUGAGUGUGUGUCUACAUGGGUCAGUGAGUAUGAGUGUGUGCAUAUGGGUCACUAAAUGUGAGAGUAUGUGUAUGGAUGUAACAUACAUGUUUAUUAUAUAUACAUAACAAAUUAUAUAAUACACAUGAAUAAAACACAGAGAUCACUAUAUACAGGUCAAAGUUUCAAUCCUACAAUUUAGACUUUUUUCAAGUCUUGAUAAAUAUCCAACUUGUAGGACUGAAAUAUCGACCAAACUGAUUCACUUAUCUUACGUUGAAUAAAGUCAUUUAAGAUAUUAUUAUCCCAGUAAAUGCCCUUUUUUCGUUCCUACAUGUGAGUUACAGGAACAUUAUACAUAUAAUGUAAACAUUCCACUAAACAUAGCUCAUAUUCCACACAUGGUUAUUCAUUAAACUCCAAAAUGUAGCUAAUGAAAAUCUGAAAGAAGUUAUUUAGGGUAUUAUAACGGAUUAAGUAUUUAGAUCUUCAUAUGCAAAAUUUCGGAGUAUAGCAAAGUAUCACACCUGUGACCCAUUCUUGUUAGUAUACAGGGAGUGCAGAAUUAUUAGGCAAAUGAGUAUUUUGACCACAUCAUCCUCUUUAUGCAUGUUGUCUUACUCCAAGCUGUAUAGGCUCGAAAGCCUACUACCAAUUAAGCAUAUUAGGUGAUGUGCAUCUCUGUAAUGAGAAGGGUGUGGUCUAAUGACAUCAACACCCUAUAUCAGGUGUGCAUAAUUAUUAGGCAACUUCCUUUCCUUUGGCAAAAUGGGUCAAAAGAAGGACUUGACAGGCUCAGAAAAGUCAAAAAUAGUGAGAUAUCUUGCAGAGGGAUGCAGCACUCUUAAAAUUGCAAAGCUUCUGAAGCGUGAUCAUCGAACAAUCAAGCGUUUCAUUCAAAAUAGUCAACAGGGUCGCAAGAAGCGUGUGGAAAAACCAAGGCACAAAAUAACUGCCCAUGAACUGAGAAAAGUCAAGCGUGCAGCUGCCACGAUGCCACUUGCCACCAGUUUGGCCAUAUUUCAGAGCUGCAACAUCACUGGAGUGCCCAAAAGCACAAGGUGUGCAAUACUCAGAGACAUGGCCAAGGUAAGAAAGGCUGAAAGACGACCACCACUGAACAAGACACACAAGCUGAAACGUCAAGACUGGGCCAAGAAAUAUCUCAAGACUGAUUUUUCUAAGGUUUUAUGGACUGAUGAAAUGAGAGUGAGUCUUGAUGGGCCAGAUGGAUGGGCCCGUGGCUGGAUUGGUAAAGGGCAGAGAGCUCCAGUCCGACUCAGACGCCAGCAAGGUGGAGGUGGAGUACUGGUUUGGGCUGGUAUCAUCAAAGAUGAGCUUGUGGGGCCUUUUCGGGUUGAGGAUGGAGUCAAGCUCAACUCCCAGUCCUACUGCCAGUUCCUGGAAGACACCUUCUUCAAGCAGUGGUACAGGAAGAAGUCUGCAUCCUUCAAAAAAACAUGAUUUUCAUGCAGGACAAUGCUCCAUCACACGCGUCCAAGUACUCCACAGCGUGGCUGGCAAGAAAGGGUAUAAAAGAAGAAAAUCUAAUGACAUGGCCUCCUUGUUCACCUGAUCUGAACCCCAUUGAGAACCUGUGGUCCAUCAUCAAAUGUGAGAUUUACAAGGAGGGAAAACAGUACACCUCUCUGAACAGUGUCUGGGAGGCUGUGGUUGCUGCUGCACGCAAUGUUGAUGGUGAACAGAUCAAAACACUGACAGAAUCCAUGGAUGGCAGGCUUUUGAGUGUCCUUGCAAAGAAAGGUGGCUAUAUUGGUCACUGAUUUGUUUUUGUUUUGUUUUUGAAUGUCAGAAAUGUAUAUUUGUGAAUGUUGAGAUGUUAUAUUGGUUUCACUGGUAAUAAUAAAUAAUUGAAAUGGGUAUAUAUUUGUUUUUUGUUAAGUUGCCUAAUAAUUAUGCACAGUAAUAGUCACCUGCACACACAGAUAUCCCCCUAACAUAGCUAUAACUAAAAACAAACUAAAAACUACUUCCAAAAAUAUUCAGCUUUGAUAUUAAUGAGUUUUUUGGGUUCAUUGAGAACAUGGUUGUUGUUCAAUAAUAAAAUUAAUCCUCAAAAAUACAACUUGCCUAAUAAUUCUGCACUCCCUGUAGCUCUGGUGUCGAACUCCAAAACGUAAUUGGAUUAUGAUGUCAUUAGCUAAAUCGUUUUUAUAAAUUUAAGAGUGUAAACAAGAUUAAUAUAGUUUAUAGGUGAUUUUCAAUGUUUUAUUCAAUGGUAUAUCCAGAUAAAUGACAGCUCCCCUUUAAGACUGUUUGCCCAUCUAUCUGUCCCUAUUUUCAUUGGGAUGCUCUCCCAAAUAAAAACAGCACAGCUUCCUGCAAAUAAACUUCCUUCUAUUCAUGCCCUCUAUUUCUUCUAUUCCUGUGUCUGCAUCUCUCUCAUCCAUCUUCUCUCUGCACAAACGAGUCAAACCUCACUCAUAUUCAAUGCUGUUACUCCAGCCUUGCAGACAGUCCAUUUAACUCACAUAUUUACACUGUUUAAAAGUAAAAUAGAAUUGCAACACAAAAAAAACCAAAGUAAAAUAGUUUGAUGGAAUAAUAGAGUACAUUUACUCAAACAUGUUACUUUGCAGUCCUUGAAAAGACUUAAAAUUAACCAAUGGCCCUCUUUAAAGUUCAGUUGUUUUUAUAAUUAAAAGUUAGUAGAGUGCAGGUUGACCAUGCAUUAGCACACAAAGAAAUCCGAGGCAUUCUGGCAUCUUAGCCAUUUAUACUUCUAUCUAAAGUGCAAACAAUAACCAGAAACGUACUUGCAUUUUUUUAUGUAUUUUGCCAGAGUUGACCAAAACAGUUAGUCAAGUAGACCACCAGCUCCAACUAUACCCCAUGAUCCUGAGCACAGUUAGAUAGUGUAUAAAGCCAGGUAGUGCAGGUUCAGCAACAGCUGGAGGACUACAUAUUGAUUGCUUGUUGUGGUACAGACCUAAAUGUUUACUCAACCAAUCUGAAACAUCUUACUAGACAUCUUUCUCCUGCUAAAUUAAUAUUUCUUGCUUUAGAUAAUUCUCCUGCUGAAUUAAUAUGUCUUGCUUUCCCCACAACAGGAUUUCACUUUGCAGCCAAGGAAGUCAACCAGUAUAGACUCACCUCUACGAUAUUACUCACCCUUUCAAGGUCGCUUGAUACCAACCAUAAUAAAUGUAAGGCCACCUCAGACACUGCAUGUUCCUCUGCAGAUGCCUCCUUACUAUUUUCAUUUUCCUCCCAGUAUAGAAUACAGCAGUGCUUUAGCUACCCCAACAUAA